UUGUCUUCCCUCGACUCUACUCGGGGGGCCACUACGCAGCCAGACUGCGAGCCGUGAGGGUAGAGGUCCGGGUAUUCGCACGGAGAUACACGCGCCGAGCAACGUGCUAGUCCGACCACGCCGCUCAUUUUCCACUUUGUAUCGUCGAUUCGGAAGAAAGGUACGAGAGAAUAAGAAGAAAGAAAAUAACAUAAUCGUUGAAGAAAAGGAAGAAGAAGAAGAAGAAGAAGAAGAAGAGGAGGAGGAAGAAGAAGAAGAAGAAAAAGAAGAGGAAGAGAAAGAUUGAAGAGAUUGGAAAUUGUACUUGCCCGAAGGAUCAAAGGAUCAACUUUAUAAAAAGAAAACAAGAAGAAAGUAAAAGAAGAAAAAGAGGAAGAAGAAGAAGAAGGAGAAAAAGAAGAAUUUUCUAUUCUACGUGCUCUAUUACAGAAUACUCUCGUAUUUUUUCCUCACCCUGAUAUCUCUAUCUUGUGUGUGUUAAUCAUUCAUCGUUUUUAUCCUCGAAGAAAACGAUUUGUCGGCGAUUGAUCGGGAAAAGGGUUUUACCGGUUGAAAUCAUUCGCGAUUACGGGGUGAAAAGAGCGAGUGCGCGACGUCGAGAACGAACAGGAGAACAGGGACGUCCAGGUGGUGCGCGUCCGACGCGUUCUCGACCUAUAGAGACGCACGUGGGACGGACCUACGGAACGUGCGAGGAAGAGAAAGAGAAAGAGAGAGAGAGAGAGAAAGAGAAAGAGAGAGGGAAAAAGAAAGAUAAAGAAAAACCAAUAUAGAAAAAGAAAAAGGAUUGGUUAACAAAGAUUAUAAAUAGAACUUGGUGAGUUUUGUGUGGACUUGUGACAUCAAUCGAUUUGUGCUCGGACAUUUUACUAGUUUGGACUCCUCAUUAUCGAUUACUACACUUUUGAAAUUGAAGAAACUUGGACUGACAGGUGUGAACAAAGUUUACAUAGAUUAGGAAGAUAACUGUGUGACGCUCGAAACUCAAAGUGAAAUCGCGAAGUGACGAUAAACUUGAAGAUUUUGUUUUUCUUUCUCUCUAUCUCUUUUUUCUCUCUAUCUCUCUCUCUCUCUCUCUUUGUCUCCGUUUCUGUCUCUUUCUCACUCUGUCUCUCUCUCUUUCUUUCUCUUUCUCUCUCUCUCUCUCUCUCUCUCUCUAUCUCUCUCUCUCUCUUUUUCCCUCUCUCACUCACACGUUCACAAGUUUAACGAGCGACUCCUAAUUAUCGUUGGCAGUGAGCAAUUACGAAGAGCGCGUGACGCCACGACGGGACACGUCAGUGUUUUUCUGCUUCAAAAUUAUACGCUUUCGUUCAGGACGCUCGUCGUCGUCCUCGUCGUCAUAGUCGUCGUCGCCGUCGUCGUCGUCGCCGUCGUCGUCGUCCUCGUCGUCGUUGUCGUUGUCAUCGUCAUUGUUAUGGCGAUGAGCGAACACGCACGCUGCUGAACAAAUAGAAUAAUUAAAAGCGCAUUACGUUUCGCUGCGAUCGUUCUGUCUCAUUAUCUUUUUCUUCGAGUUUAUCGAGACAAAAAAGGAAAAAAAAACCCACACCAGUCAAGAGGAAAAGAAAAAUUUUCUUCGAAGAAUUGAUUGUCUAUCUCGCUUUAUCAAAGUGACUGGUAUAAGCUGAUUAAACCGUGGUGACUUAUCGUAUAUAGUCGGUCACGUGAGAUUGACUAACUACAUCUAACUAAUUAUAUACCGGUUAAUUAAACGUGCCGUUAGAACAGGCUGAUGUCACGAGAGUUGAAGAUUUUCCCGAAUCGUUCGUUCCUCGACGUCGGUCUACCACCGACCGCGAGAUUCGCGAAGAAGGAUUCUACUGAUCUUACGAACGCCGUUGAAGGCUCGUGAAGAAGAAAAGGAAAGAGAACGAUCUUGAUAUAUCUCGUGAAUUCCAAGGGAAAAGGAUCGAAUUCCUCUUCGAUCGACUUUACCCGCAUCGUGGGAGAGAUAAAUAACGGAGGCUCGUCCAACUCGCGUCAGGACGACGUCCCACGUAGAGCGGUCGCAGCUCAGUUUAGAUUACGAGUCCCCGGCAUGCAAGGCUGACAUGGCGGAGGGUUCGGCCGAGGAGGAACAGAGCAGUACCGCUGCGCCCGCUUCCCCUCCAGCUGAUCUUCGCACUCUGAACACCCAAUUGUCGCCGCCUUAUCACCAUCAACCCCAUCUCCAGCCACCGCGUCUUCAGCAUUUGCAGCAUCCCAACAUGUUGGCCACCGCCGUACCACCUAGGCACAGCCACAGCAUGCUGUCUCAUCAGGUGAAAACGGAAGCCGAGUUGGACGCGUCGUACGACGUGCCAUUGAAUCUCAAGAGCGAGGACAGCGACAGGAGUAGCAGUGGAAGUCCAGAACCAGCGACAGGCGCUAUGCACGAACAUCAAAUGAUGUUGGAAGAUAUAAAAAAUUCGCGGAAAAGACGACGGACUCCAUCUCCUGAGAACUUACAUCAAGCGAAACGUGCAGCCGUACCACAAGCACAUCUUAAUGGAACCAUGGCCGCGAUGGUUACCCUUCAAAAUCUACAAAAUUUAGAAAAUCUACAGAGUUUGGAGAGUCCCGAAUCGGCGACAGGCUCGCUUCAUGAACAUCAAAUGAUGAUGGACGAUGUAAAGAAUUCUCGGAAAAGACGGCGAAGUCCGUCGCCGGAAAAUCUCCAUCAAGCGAAACGAGCGGCGGUAGCGCAAGCUCAUCUCAAUGGAACCAUGGCCGGUAUGGUGACUCUACAGAACCUUCAAAAUCUAGCGAAUCUUCAGAAUCUUCCGCAGGUCGCUUCAUUGGCUGCUGGUCUUCAGGGAAUGACGGCUGGACUGAGCAACAAUCAGUUGAUCAAUACCCCUUUGAAUCUCACCGUUAGCUCAUCCGGGGGCACCGCACCAACUGCCUCGAGUACAACAGCAGGACCACAUCUUUUACCACCAAGUCCAGCGCCAAUGGUGACGUUACCUCAGCUAUUGUCUCAACCACAACCAGUAGCAAUGCCGCAAUUCAUCCUUAUGUCCGGUCAAUUAGUUCAGGGUCUUCAAGGAGCCCAACUUUUAAUCCCUACCUCUCAAGGUAUAGCAACGCAGACUAUAUUGACCAUUCCCGUGAACCACGUAACGAAUAAUCAAAUGGUCAACUUGGCACUCAGCAAUGGUCAAGUAGUUUCUACGACAUUGGCGAAUCUUCAAUCGAUCGCACAACCUCAAAAUAUGUUGAACACACCGACGAGCAACGUUCCGACAAGUCCGAGUCUGGCAUCGGGAUUAGGCUUGAAUCCCGCAGCACUGCCUCACCUUUUGAGCAACAGUUCAGCGAGCCAACAGCUUCUGAAUGCAAUGCAACCCCAGCAGCUGCUUCAGGCAGCUCAAGCGGCACAAGCUCAGGCAGCGCAAGCCGUCCAAGCUGCCCAGGCUUCUCAACAACCACUUCUCACGACGUCACCGCAACAGCACAGCCAUCGACAUGGCUCGCACAUGAAUCAUUAUACGCCAACAGAAAAGCAUCACAGAGAGAGACCGGAACAGUCGUCGCCUUUGAACGAAUCUGUAGUCUCCGCAGCCUCUGCUCUAAACAGAUUGACGUCCAGCAACGGUGAGAUUACUAUCACGACGACGCACGGUCCUAGUGGAGCUGGAGGAAUAAAGGCCUCGCCAAGCACUUUGCACAGUCCCAAGGAGGAAGAAGAUGAUCUCCUCAAUGAUUCUCCGAAUCAACCGACAAUCAACGAAGCCACGAAUAACGUUGUGGAUGGUAUCAACCUCGACGAGAUCAAAGAGUUCGCGAAGGUUUUCAAACUUCGUAGACUUUCGUUGGGCCUAACGCAGACACAAGUUGGUCAAGCCCUUAGCGUUACCGAAGGUCCUGCUUAUAGUCAGAGUGCCAUAUGCAGUGCCCUGGCUACCCAGAUGUACGCUGCCUCGCAGAUUGUGUCACAGCAGCAAGCUACAUUCGAAAAGCUGGACAUCACACCUAAAAGUGCGCAGAAAAUUAAACCAGUGUUGGAGAGGUGGAUGAAGGAAGCCGAGGAAAGUGCGCGUGAUUGCAGGUACAAGAGCGGAGUAAAUCAUCUCACGGACUUCAUCGGAGUCGAACCAACCAAAAAGAGGAAGAGGCGGACGUCCUUCACACCUCAAGCUUUGGAAUUGCUUAAUGCUCAUUUCGACCGAAAUACUCAUCCCAAUGGUACCGAAAUUACAACGUUAGCACAUCGUUUAGGAUACGACAGAGAAGUUAUUAGAAUUUGGUUUUGCAACAAGAGACAAUCGUUAAAGAAUACUGCGAGAAUGAUGAAGGGAAUCGAGUAAAACGACGUUGAUCGAUGAUCGUCUAUGGAAAAAAUCAGUUAAGAAGAAGAAGAAGAAGAAGAAGAAAAAGAAAAAGAAAAAGAAGAAGAAAAAGAGGAGAUGAAAAGAAUCGCUUCGAGGACGAUUCGAUGUCUCCGAGAACGUAGCGAGUUUGAAUUUCGAGGGUCGUUUUACGAGAAGAAAUCGCACAAGGAUUAAAUGAAUUGUCCUUUUUAAAAUCAAGAUUUGUUGAUCGAAUUAACGAUCCUUUCGCGAUUUUUACUCUCGAAAAGAAAACGAAGUACUUUUAUAAUUAUCCGGUUUCGUUCGAUCGUUUCGUUAAUGAUCGACAAGUGAUCUAACUCGAUUCUCUGAAGACUGUAUUCAUCGAUCUUCCAGUCUCAGUCCAUCUUUUCCACGAGGAAGAAUGAAAUAUCGCAGCAUCGAGCUCGACGAUCGAAACAGAACGAAAAGCGUAGCGAAACGAAAAAGCAAAAAAAAAAAAGAAAAAAAAAAGAAAAAAAAAAGAAAAGAAAAGAGACUAAAAGUCCUUAAGGGCAAUGUGAUCGCAGAGAGUAUACGAAAAGAUCUAAUCUGUAAAUUAGCUUUUAUAAUCCUGCUCGCGGAAACUUUCAAAUGUGAAAGGGAAAUUAAGCGAAGAGUAUUUUUUUGUUUCUUUCUUUUUUUUUUUUUUUUUUUUUUUUUUGAUGUUUUUUCCGAAAAACGAAGGAUCGACUUUUUCUUCUUUCUCUUCGUUUUAGUAAAAAGAAAAGGAAAGAAAAAAAAACAAAGGAAGAAGAGAAGAAAGUAGAACAAAAAAAAAAGAAAUAGAAAAAGAAGAAGAAAAAAGAAAAUAGAUUGUUCAGAGAUCUUGAUUAACAACGACACGUAACUUAAAAUGGAAAUUACCAACCGUUGGUAAUACUCCAUGAAGAUUGAAUCAUGUUACCAAUCGAACGAAAAUUAUCUUCCUAGAUUCUCAUCACAAAUCGAUUCCUAAAAGAUCUUAGAAUUAGUAUUUCCCAUGGAUAAAACCGAACAUGACUUUUAUAUGUUUCGAAUACAUUGUAAAUAAAUAAAAAGGAAAAAAAAAAAAAAAAAAAAAAAGGAAAAAGGAAAAAAAAGGAAAAAAAACCAUUCUGUCAGAAGUUAAUUUUUGAGACUUAAAAUCAUUGCGAUCGAUUCGAUUGAAUAUUUUAAAAUAAUUCCAAGGAAAAAAGGAAGACUAAUCAUGAUGAUUCUCAUUGCUUGGGCUAACUUAAUGAAAUGACAUUGUAUAGCCAUUUAAAGUAUUCAAUCCUGAUGAGAAAUCACGGAAGAAGAGUCAAUCACAGUGAUUAACUAAAUCAUUUUUAUUAAUACAGAGAAAGAGGAAAAAGUAAAUACUUUGACGUCUCCAUUAUACCAUAAGAGCUAUAUAUAUAUAUAUAUACACGUAUAUAUACAUACAUAUAUAGCAAAUAAAUAAUGCAAUAACGCGACGUUGAAAGUAUGAAAGACGUGUAGGAAAGAAAAGAAAAAAGAAAAAAAAAAGGAAAAAGAAAAAAAGCAGAGAUCAGAAUUACAUCACACCUCGGUUCUCAAAUUUGUGACAGAAGAUUCGAAGAUUUGUGAAAAACUAAUCCGCAAUCGUUUGAGAUCAAGAUAAGAAUAUAAUAAUUCAAAUGCGAUCUCGCAUCUCGUGGGAUGAAUUUUUUCUUUCUUUUUUCUUUUUUUCUCUUGUUUUUAUUCUUUAUCCUCGUGGUUUAGAAACGGUACUCAAACUUUUUUUCCUCUUUUCUUUUUUUCUUUUCUUUUUUCUUUUCUUUUUUUUUUUUUUUUUUUUUUUUAACCAUCUUCAAUAUCUCUUAUAUUUUUCAUCCUUCUUGUACUUACCCAAACUCGAACGAAGCUCACGAAAUACCGUGUAUAUGUAAUAAUCGUCAUAGAUAAAAAUUAUUACAGGCACACGCUCAAAUUAUAUAUAUAUAUAUAUAUAUAUAUAUAUAUAUAUAUAUAUGUGUGUGUGUGUAUAUAUAUGUAAUAAUAGUUAUCGAUGCAGCUUCCUUCGAGAUAUUGUUUUUAAUCUCAGACACUCCCGAUAAUUUUAAUAUUAUUAUUUUUAUAAAUAAAAUAAAUAAAAGAGAACGAGAUCGAAAGCUUUAAAACUGAUCGAUGACAAACUUGACGAUUUCUCGCAUUAAAACGUGAUAAAUUAAUAGCUAAAAGCCAUAAUAAAAUAAUAAUUAUUUCUUCUAAAUAAUACGAGAGCGGAAUGAGAUUUGAAAGAUUUAAGAGGAAUAACAUCGUACAUAUAUCGUAAUGUACUUCGUAUCCUUUUUUCCUCCUCGAUGCAAGAAGAAGUAUAAAGAUAGAUAGAUAGAUAGAUAGACAGUGAGAGAGAGAGAGAGAGAGAGAGAGAGAGAGAGAGAGAGAGAGGAAGAAAGAGAGAGAGAGUGAGAGAGAGAGAGAGGGGGAGGGAGGGAGAUAGAGAGAGAGAGAGAGAAAGAGGAAGAAAUAGAAAACUAAGAGGUAAGAAAAACGUGAGAUACCUUCGUUAUAAUAAUGGACUAUUUACUACCAAUAAUUAUUCAUUCAUUACGUGAAUAACAUUGAGAAUCGAUGAUAAAAAUAAAUAAUAUUAGUUAGGUGCGCGAUUUCAAGUGGUUUAGCCCCGUGUACAUAUAUUAAGAUUAUCGAUUAUAUAUAAGCGUUGUAAUAUUUAAGGAAUAAACUUUUAAUAAUAUCGUAGGCUAUAAAAUAGCUGAAUUCGUGAGAAAUUAAAUUGACAUGGUUAAAGUAUACUUCUAAAAACGACUAAUGUAAAGCGGAGCAACAAGGAAAUAGAAGACGAAUGAAGAGGAUGCUGAGAUUCGCCCAGCAAUGUGUUGAGACAGCAGAGAGAGAGAGAGAGAGAGAGAGAGAGAGAGAGAGAGAGAGAGAAAAAUAGGGAGAUUAUUAUUAAGAUCUUAUAUUAUUAAGAGUGCCGACGAGCAAAGUAAUCUGUUCCUAAAGAGUUGUAUCAUAAAGUAAGAGAUGAGAAGAGGUGAGAGAAUGAAAAGUGUGGUAUACAUGGAUAAGACGUGGAUAUAGAGGGAUGGGAGGUAGGGGGGGAAUUGAGAGUUAUUAAUAAAUUCAAAAUUCAAAAUUUUGAUCGAUUCUAAGUGGGGGGGGGGCGGGAUGGGAUAAACUGGGGGAGGGGGGAAAUCGUAUGUUGUCCUUUUUGAUAAAUGAAAAAAAAAAAAAAAUGAAAAGAAACGUUUGUACAGAGAUAUUCCGGUUAUUAAAUUUUGUUACGCGAAUAAAGAGAGAGAUAGAAAGAGAGAGAGAGAGAGAGAGAGAGAGAGAGAGAGAGAGAGAAAGAGGGAAAGAGGAACGGACGGAGGAUUAUUAAUUAAUCUGUUAGGGAAGCUGCGUGUGGUGUAGUGUCGGGCUUGUGGAAUGGGUGGGGGUGGGGGUGGUAAUUCGAAAGGACGCACGUCCGAGAGGAAGGGUAUAACGAAUUAGGAAUCAUGUGUAUUUUCUUCGUGAAAUCGAUAUUCAAUAGAUUAUUGCGGUAAUAUAAAAACGCGAGUAUUAAGCAAAGAAAAAAGAAAAAAAAAAAUCAUGUGAAAUUGUAUCCGUGAGUGUCAUAUUCCUAAGGAAAAAAAAAAAAAAAAAAAAAAAGAAAAAAAAAUCAUAGAUCCACGGGCGAAUGUUUUAUAGCAGUUUCCGAAUAGAGAGAAAAAAAAUACGAGAGAAAAAGUAUUAAACAAAAUAAUAGAAAAAAUAAAAAAUUAAAAAAUUAUACAUAUAUAUAUAUAUAUAUAUAUAUAUACAUAUAUAUACAUAUAUAUACAUAGAAAGAAGAAAAUAUAACACGAAAUUUUCCUCGCUCUUUAUGCUAAUACAAAAUUUUUCUACAUUGCGCAUCGUUCGAAGUAAGGCGGCUUGGUUUAGCCGAUAAAAGAGAAAGAAAAAAAAAAAAAGAAAAGAAAAAAAGAAAAUAACAAAGAAAAGAAAGAAAAGAAAGAAAAGAAAAAGAUAAACAUAGAAAGUGAAAGAAAUGUCUUGAAAAGGGUGGAUAAGAAUUUUUGGAUAAGAUAGAAAAAUUCGGAAUAAGGAAAAACGUAGGACAUAAUGAAAACUGAUCACGAUUGUUUGCGAAUCUUUCUUUUCGUCCAAAAACUCGCAAACGGCGCGGCAUCGUCGUAAUCCUAUCGAGGAGGAAACUGUUCCUGAAACAUCGCCCAGAGAAACCAAAGUUCCUAUUACGUUUUAUAAAAUAAUGAAAAAAAAAAAAAACAACACACACACAUAUAACUGUACUGCGAAUAUAAGAAAAAAAAGAAAAAAAAAAAAAAUAAAAAAAUAAAAAAAUAAAAACCACACUUGAUAUGUAUAUACGAGAAACAGGCUAAGCUAGUUAUUACGCGAUACAAUCAGCAAUUAUGAGGAUUCGUUAAGGGAGAUGAGGAGAAGUGAAGGAAAACGAAGAAAACGAAGACGAAGACGAAGACGAAGUAGAAAUAAAAGAAAGGCAAAGAACGGGAAAGACAGAAACUUGGAGAUAGAGAGAGAGAGAGAGAGAGAGAGAGAGAGAGAGAGAGAGAGAGAGAGAGAGAGAGAGAGAAUUACGAAAUAAGUAAAAGGCACGCCAUGCGAAGAUCAAUUGAAAUUUACAGUAAUGGGAACAAAAUGUCAAUGAAAUCCUAAGUGACAUGGUAACAGGAAAAUAAAAGGAGAUGAGAAGAGUGUGUAGAAAAGGAAGAAGUAGAGAAAGAGGAAGAGAAAGAAGAAGAAGAAGAAGAAGAAGAAGAAGAGUAGAAGAAGGAAGAAGAAAAAUAAGAAGAUGAAGAUGAAGAUGAAGAUGAAAAAAUAAAAAGAAGAAAAAACGAAAAGAGAAAAAAAAAAGAAGAAAAAAUAACCAGAAUUUUUCCUAACGCGGGAUGAUCGUACACUUUUCUUUAUCAGCGGACGCGACGAGAGAUUUGUUUUAUUUCAAUUCUCGUUCGACGACGUCGUAUUCGCGAGACACGGCAUAGUCCGUUGACCCUCGAUGCACAGUAAAACACACAGUCGAUGAUUAAGCACACAAGAAGUAUACAAUUAAAUUAAGCAAGCCGUAGCUUUAGCUUGAAUGUUAGCAAUUUAGACGGAAAAAAAAAAUGAGAAAAAAAAAAAAAAGAAAACAUACACACACGGACACAUAUUACACGUACAGAAAAAAAAAAAAAAACACGGACACACGAUGUAACAUUAAAAACUACGUAUUUAAAAGGAAACCAGAAAAAAAAAGAAAUCUUAGCCGUUAAGCGAAUACCUGUGUAAAAUCUAGUAGGUGUCCACAAGAAUAAAAUAAAAAACAUAUAUUGUGGUACAAAUUAA